AUGGUGGUUCGGGUGUAUAUUGUAUCUUCUUCUGGUUCUACGGCGAUUAAGAAGAAACAGCAAGACAUGCUUGGUUUCUUGGAAGCCAACAAAAUGGGGUUUGAGGAAAAAGAUAUUGCAGCAAAUGAAGAAAACCGAAAGUGGAUAAGAGAAAAUGUACCAGAAAACAGUCGACCAGCUACAGGGUACCCCUUGCCACCACCGAUUUUUAACGAAAGCCAGUACCGUGGGGACUAUGAUGCCUUUUUUGAAGCCAGAGAAAAUAAUGCAGUAUAUGCCUUCUUGGGACUGACAGCACCACCUGGCUCAAAGGAAGCAGAAGCCCAGGCAAAGCAAAAGCUGCACGCAUGAACCUUGAGCGUUCCCUUUCAAACUUCCUGAAAAGGACAUCUCCAAUGCUGUUAUAAAAUAGAAAACAACAACAACAAUAACAAUUAUAUUGGCUUCAAAAUAAAUUGGCUUACUAUGAAAAUA